ACUUCUCUUUUGAAAUACAAUGGUAUUGGAAUAUCAAAUCCAGUUUUUGACAAUUACUAUGGCGUUGUUCUCUUUUACAUUUGACAGUUUAACACAAUGGUUAAAGUCAAGUGCUCAGAUUUGCGCGCAAAGGAUAAGAAGGAGUUGAAUAAGCAGCUCGAUGAACUUAAGAAUGAAUUGCUUAGCUUGCGUGUAGCCAAGGUUACUGGAGGAGCUCCUUCAAAACUUUCAAAAAUAAGAGUUGUUCGAAAGGCUAUUGCUCGUGUAUAUAUUGUUAUGCAUCAAAAGCAGAAGGAAAACUUGCGCAAAGUUUUUAAAAAUAAGAAAUAUAAACCUUUGGAUUUAAGAAAUAAACAAACUCGCGCUAUUCGUAAAGCACUUUCCCACAGAGACUCUAAUAGGAAAACUGUGAAAGAAAUCCGUAAGAAGUCAAUUUACCCACUAAGAAAAUUUGCUGUUAAAAACUAAUUUUUCUGUAACCAAAUGGGUAAUAAAAUAAUAAAUACUGUUUAAAAAAUA